AUGUCGACGAGUCCUUCCAGAGUUUCAGCUCUCAAGAGUGCUACCAAGGUGCUCUCAUCUCUGCAGGGUGGAUCGGGAGAAUCUCUCUCGGAAUCCGAAAGAGUAUCAGCCUUGGCUGAAGCGACAAAACUUGUAGCAGCAUUGGAAAACCCCGAAGACGCAUCAUUAAAGUUUGCGUACAUGCCAGGAGCAUGGAUGGCCAUCAGGACCCUGGUUGAUCUCAAAGUCUUUCACAUGCUGUCCGAGAAAGAAGCAGUCUCUGUAUGCGAGCUUGCAACGAGAACCGGAGCCGAUGAAUUGCUGUUGACUAGACUACUCCGAGUACUUGUCGCACUUGGAUAUGUCUCUGAGAAUGGUGUCGGUCACUAUGGUCCGACCAAGUGGACAAUGCACUUUAGCAAUAGGUUGACAGAAGGCAUGAUUAAAUUUAUCUACGAUCAUACCAUGCCUUGUCUUGCAGCCACUCCCACCUGGCUAAAGGACAAGGGGUAUCCCAAUCCCAUUGACCCGAAAGACAGCAUCUGGCAAGCGGGACACGGUAACUGUAAGGAGCUGACAUUUGAAUGGCUUGCUCUUCCUGGCAACGAGUCAUAUUGGGACGAUGCAAACUCCUUCUUCGAGGGCGAUAGAGGCAGCCGCCCUGCUUGGUUUACAUGGUUUCCCGUGCAAGAAAAGCUUUUGGACGGUGCUGAUGUCAAUGACGACGCCAUCUUGAUGGUUGAUGUGGCGGGAGGACGUGGACAUGACCUGCUCGAGUUCCAUGCGCAGUACCAUGCACAGCCUGGCCGUCUCAUUCUCCAAGAUCAGCAGCCUGUUCUCGACAGUAUCACUGAUUUGCCCAAGCGAAUCGAGACGUAUGGACUGGACUUUUGGACUCAGCAGCCGGUCCCCGGGGCGCGCGUGUAUUUCAUGAAGUUUAUCAUGCAUGAUUAUGCCGACCCAGAUUGCAUACGCAUCUUGCGACAUGUGGCAGUGUCUAUGCGCAAAGGAUAUUCCCGAUUAGUCAUUAAUGACUUUAUUCUCCCCGACAAAGGUAGCUCAUUAUUGCCAGCACAAUGGGACUUGAUGAUGAUGGUGUUCCUUGCUGCUUUUGAAAGAACGGCAAGCCAAUGGAGGACUCUGCUUUCUGCGGCGGGACUUGAGAUUGAAGGCAUGUAUUACCCACCAGGUGAUGGUCAAGGGAUUAUUAUCGCAUCACUUGUGUAA